AUGAGGUCACGAGGCAGUGAUGUCAACGAAGGAGACGGUAGAUCAGAUGCUGGUUCGUCGAGAAGCGAAGAAGAAACACACUCGCGACACGGGUCUCAAAGAUCUGGAAAAAGCUCGAGAAACAACGAGGAGCCAAACUACGGAUCAGAAGAUUCUUCAUCUAAGAACACAAGCGGCAACAACAACCCAAUUGAGUAUACAGAGCAGGAACGAGCUGAGCUUCUAAGAAGGUUAGACUCAAUCAAAGAUCAUCUCCUCCGUGGUGGUGGUGGAAAUGCAGCUGAUAAACCAAAAGAAGCAUUCCUCAGACCACAGCCUUAUUACCACAAUCCGUAUCCAGAGCCAUAUCCUUACGCUGGACCAAUGUAUCCUCAAGGCUAUCAUCAAGAUCCUUACGGAUUCCAAGUCCAUAGAAGACCACCUCCAGUUCCAAAUCCAAACUGGUAUCCUCCUCCUCCUCCAUAUCCUCCUCGUCCAUAUCCUGGAGGUGGAGGCCAAUAUGUUGAGAUUGGUGCUGAUAUAGUUGAGCCACAUUCCUUCUUCCCAGCUACACCGAGUAGGUACGGUGGUGAUAUGCCUCCGUAUAGCCCUGUUUCUUCUCACAACCGUGGCGGUGGUGCAGCACCCUACAGUCCUUCUUCCAUGAGCUCUCCAGGUCCUCGAGGUGGUGGUGGUGGUGGUGGUUACGCGAGGUGGCCAAGUGAUCUUGAUUCAGAAAUGGGAGGAGGCGCGUUUGCUCGUGGCUAUGUGAAGAAGGCUGUUUCGGAUAGGGAUGCUCGUCGUUGCCAUCCGCUUGCUGGUGGUGCUCCUUUCAUAGCUUGUCAUAGUUGCUUUGAGCUGCUUUACUUGCCUAAGAAGAAGCUUUUAGCUCAGGAAAGGAAGCUACAUAAGCUUCAGUGUGGUUCUUGCUCUCAAGUCAUUAGUUUCACUAUCGUUGAUAAGAAACUUGUCUUCUCUUCUGGUAAUGAGGAAGCAAACCCUGUCUCUCUAGAGGUGGUAACGAACACAGUGGUGGUUGAGGAACGCUCUUCUGUUGAUGAAGACGAAGAAGCGAUAAAGGAAUCAAGAAAUCACCAAGAAACUACGCAAAGCGUUGGGACUGCUUCUUCUCAAUGCUCAGAUGAUGAAGAAAUAUCAAGUGAACAAGAACAGAGAGAGGUUAAAUCUGUUCGUCGGCGAGCUCAAGUCUCAAAAUCUCCGGAACCAGCUGCUUCUGAGAGUGCCAGUCUUCUUGAACUUUUUGAGUAUUCUAAUGUGAACAGAGCAGCACUCGCUUACGGAAUGGCGGAGUUAGGUUAUCACAAGCCGGACAAGAAAGAGUUCUUCGUGAAGAAAGACUCGCCGCCGAAGAAGCCUGAAUCAGUAGCUACAGAGACAGAGGUUUCUUACAAUGGAUACUCUAACACUGAGAUCUCUGAAGAUUCAAGGAACUCAAACGGAAGAGAAGAAGACAACAACAGACGAAGUGAGUUUGGUGGUUCCACGGAGAUCACUAAUGGAAACGAAGAUCAAGGGAAGCUAUUUGAAGUUUGGGUUAAUGGACAUCUGAUACCGGAAGAUCUUGUUAGCAGUGCUGAGAAAUUAGCUGGACCAAUCCAAGCUGGAAAGUAUUGGUAUGACUACAGAGCUGGAUUCUGGGGGGUAAUGGACAAACCGUGUCUCGGUAUAAUACCUCCAUUUAUUGAAGAGUUUAGUCAUCCAAUGCCGGAUAGAUGCGCUGCUGGGAACUCAGAAGUCUAUGUGAAUGGAAGAGAGCUUCACAAGAGGGACUUCGAGUUACUCGUGGGUCGUGGUCUGCCUCGUGACAAGAACCGUUCUUACAUCCUUGAUAUAUCCGGAAGAAUACUUGAUGGAGAUUCAGGGGAAGAACUUAAGAGCCUUGGCAAAUUAGCCCCAACGAUUGAGAAGGUGAAGCAUGGAUUUGGUAUGAGGGUUCCAAGAUCAUUAGCAUCAUGA